UCUCUGACAGCAAUCCCCUGCCUCUCAAACAGCCCCAGAUAAGUGUUAUGAUGUAUUGCUGGAUGGACAGGGUUUGCAGUGCCUCACGGUCCUGUUGAUACAAAAUGCCUUUAAGAUCCUGCCUUUCCCAUCCUAAUCUACAAAGGAAACAGGAAAAAGGAACUUAAACUCCCUGUACUCAGACAGCAAUGAGACUGUUGUAGCCUGCUCCAGCACUGCAAUUUCUUGCCUCUGACUUGUAAACAAGAGUCCUCGUACCAUGCAAGUGAAGAGUAACCAAGGUCUACCCCACUGAAAGGAUAAUCCCAACCCCAUGAGCUGCUGUGGAAACUGGAUGGAUGUAUUUCGGAAAGCAUGGACUCUUUAGCACAUUUAAUUCUCUGUGGAUUCAGCCUGAUGAUUUCAGGCAAAGUGGAGGCAGCGCUGGACCUGAUGCUGAUCAAUUCACUCCCUCUAGUGGGCAACUCUGAGACGUCGCUUAUCUGUAUUGCAGCCAGAUGGAGGUCCCGCGAGUCUGUCACAAUAGGGCGAGACUAUGAGGCCUUGAUGAGCCAACACCAGGACCCUCUGGAAGUUACUGAAGACGAGAAGAGAGGAACAGCCAAAAAAGUGGUGUGGAAAAGGGAGAAAGCUAGUGAAACUAUCGGAGCUUACUACUGUGAAGGGAAAGUCAAAGACGAGGUGACGAGGAUACGUACAAUGAAGAUGCCACUAGGAGCUUCCUUCCUCCCAGUGGCCUUAACUAUUACAGUGAACAAGGGAGAGCAUGUGAACAUUUCCUUCAUCAGAAAGAUUCCAAAGGAAGAAGAUGCAGUGAUCUACAAAAACGGUACUUUCAUUCACUCUGUGCCCAGGCAUGAAGUGCCAAAUAUACUAGAAGUGACCCGCUCUCAGGCUGAGCUACAGGAUGCAGGGGUCUACUCUGCCAGAUACAUAGGAGGAAGCAUCUUCACCUCUGCUUAUACAAGGCUGAUAGUAAGACGCUGUGCAGCUCAGAAGUGGGGCCCGAGCUGCAGCUCAAUCUGCCCUGUGUGCAUGAACAAUGGCAUCUGUCAUGAAGAUACUGGAGAAUGCAUUUGCCCUCCAGGCUUUAUGGGGAAAAUGUGUGAGAAGGCUUGUGGAGACAAUACAUUUGGCAGAACCUGUAAAGAGAGCUGUAAAGAGAACUCAGGCUGCAAAUAUUAUAUGUUCUGUCUACCAGAUCCUUAUGGCUGCUCUUGUGCUACAGGAUGGAAGGGCCUGGAAUGUGAUGAAGAGUGCCAAUCUGGUUUUUAUGGUCCGGACUGUAAACUCAAAUGUAAUUGCAACAAUCGGGGGAAAUGCGACAGAUUUAAGGGCUGCCUCUGUCAGUUUGGCUGGCGUGGUCUACAAUGUGAAAAAGAAGGUUCAGCUGAUGUAUCACCUCAGAUAAAGCACUUGCCAGACCAUGUGGAACUCAAUUCUGGCACAGAGUUUAAGCCUAUUUGUAUAGCCACUGGCAAGCCACUUCCUGUUAUUGAAGAAUUUAAACUGUUGAAACAAGAUGGAACUGUCUUCAAGCCCGUCUCAUUUGUUAGCAAUCGCUCAGAAGCAAAGUUUCAUAUCAAUAGAAUCCAGCCCCCUGACUCAGGAACAUGGGUUUGCAGUGUUCAGACAGUAGCAGGGAUGGCAGAAGAGCCUUUCCGGGUUACAGUUAAAGUUCCUCCUGUGCCUCAGUAUGCUCCGAGGAUGAUAGACAGUGGACAUAAUUUUCUCACCAUCAAUAUCAAUGCUGACUCCCAUACUGGUGAUGGACCGAUUGUGUCAACCAAGCUCCUGUAUAAGCCUGCUAAAGGUUAUCAGCCCUGGAUGUCAGUAGAAGUAAAUGGAAAGAACAAGAGAUUAUUUAAUCUAGAACCCAAAACAGAAUAUCAGUUCUGUGUUCAGCUAAGCCGGCAAGGGGAUGGUGGAGAAGGGCAUCCUGGGCCACAGGCAAGCUUCACAACGGCUGCGCUUGGUCUUCCUCCACCAGAAGGUCUCACCCUCCUUCCUAAAAGCAAGACAUCUCUGAUUUUGUCAUGGCAGCCAAUAGCACAGAAGCCAGAAGAUGACCUUCUUGUUGAAGUGGAAAGGACGCGUGUGAAUGACAACAGUGGUGAUGAGAUCAGUGUUAUCACCCGUGUGCCAGGAAAUAUAUCCACCCUGGUUAUUGAUGAUUUAGAACCCAGACAGCAGUAUAGGUGCAGGGUACGUGUGAAUACCAGGUCUGAAGGAGAGUGGAGUGACUAUUUGUAUGCAUGGACCUACAGUGACAGAAUCCCGCCAUCACCUGACAACAUCAAGAUUUUCAACAUCACGGACACCUCCGCCAUCAUCUCUUGGUCAACUGCUGCGGGACAGUCCAUCUCCUCCAUCAUCAUCAGCUACAAGAUUUAUGGCAAGGCUGAGUACAACCACAUUGACGUCACAAUAAAAAACACAACCAUCACGCAGUAUCAUCUCAAGGGCCUCGAGCCGAACACUGCGUAUCUGGUUCAGAUUAGUGCACAGAACAAUAUUGGACUGAGCAACCCAAAUCCCUCUCUUGAACUGCAGACUCUCCCGGAAACAAAAGCUCCAUAUGAAUCGAAGGGAGGGAAAAUGCUGCUGAUUGCUAUCCUUGGCUCAGCAGGGAUGACCUGCCUAACAAUCCUCCUGGCCUUUCUCAUCAUGCUGCAGCUAAAGCGAGCCAACUUCCAGCGCAGAAUGGCUCAAGCCUUCCAAAAUGUGGUGAGAGAAGAGCCAGCUGUCCAGUUUAACUCAGGAACUCUCACUCUGAGCAGGAAAGCCAAGAACAGCCCAGACCCCACUAUCUAUCCAGUCCUCGAGUGGAAUGACAUCAAAUUUCAAGAUGUGAUUGGGGAGGGCAACUUUGGACAAGUCCUUAAAGCACGAAUUAAGAAGGAUGGCUUGCGAAUGGAUGCUGCCAUCAAAAGGAUGAAAGAGUAUGCCUCAAAGGAUGAUCACAGAGACUUUGCUGGAGAAUUGGAAGUUCUUUGUAAACUUGGACAUCAUCAUAAUAUCAUAAAUCUUUUGGGAGCAUGUGAACAUCGGGGGUAUCUUUACCUGGCUAUUGAAUAUGCUCCCCAUGGAAAUUUACUCGAUUUCCUAAGGAAGAGCAGAGUGCUGGAGACAGACCCAGCAUUUGCUAUUGCCAACAGCACUGCCUCCACGCUGUCUUCUCAGCAGCUUCUGCAUUUUGCAGCAGAUGUGGCCAGAGGGAUGGACUACUUAAGCCAAAAACAGUUUAUUCAUCGCGAUUUGGCAGCAAGAAACAUCUUGGUUGGAGAAAACUAUGUUGCAAAAAUAGCAGAUUUUGGAUUGUCUAGAGGUCAAGAAGUUUAUGUUAAAAAGACCAUGGGAAGGCUUCCAGUGCGAUGGAUGGCAAUUGAAUCUCUAAAUUACAGUGUGUACACCACAAACAGUGAUGUGUGGUCAUAUGGUGUCCUGUUAUGGGAAAUAGUCAGUUUAGGUGGGACACCAUACUGUGGAAUGACAUGUGCAGAACUCUAUGAGAAAUUGCCACAAGGGUACAGACUGGAAAAGCCUCUCAACUGCGAUGAUGAGGUGUAUGACCUAAUGAGACAGUGUUGGCGGGAGAAACCGUAUGAAAGGCCGUCAUUCGCUCAGAUCCUGGUGUCACUGAACAGGAUGUUAGAGGAACGAAAGACAUAUGUGAAUACCACGCUGUAUGAGAAGUUUACCUAUGCAGGCAUUGACUGCUCUGCUGAAGAAGCUGCUUAAGACAGAAAAAAAUCUUCAUAUAUUGAAUAACUAUUAAACAAACCAAAAACUCAGCCUUCUGGGGCACAGAAUGGGAUGUGCUGUGUAUAGCUCUUUGUAAAAUAUUGUUGAACCACAGAUAGCAUUCUGUAUAUCUUACAGUAAGCUCUGCCUCCAUAGACUGUAGGAAUGUAUAUACUGUUUUGAGUAAGAAUGGGCUAAAGUCAUCAAUUCUAAGGUUUCAGAGUAGUAGCCAUGUUAGUCUCUACCAGCAAAAACAACAAGGAGUCCUUGUGGCUCCUUAAAGACUAACGAAUUUAUUAGGGCUUAAGCUUUCAUGGGCUAGAACCCACUUCAUCAGAUGCAUGGAGUGAAAAUACAGGAGCAGGUAUAAUACAUGAAAGGAUGGGGGGAUUAUUUUACCAAGUGUGAGGGCAGUCUUUACAAAACGUAAACUUAACUUCCCCAAUAGUAAUUUCUCCCCACUGUUACUCUCACCUUCUUGUCAACUGUCUGGGCCACUCUCUAAUCACUUCAGAAGUUAUUUUUCCUCCCUUGGUAUCCUACUGUUAAUUGAUUUAUCUCGAUCGACUGACCUCACACUUGGUAAAGCAACUCCCCCAUCCUUUCAUGUAUUUAUACAAGCAACUGCUGUUUGUUUUUUGUCAUUCAGUUUAAUAGCCAAGUUCUGUAUUAAAUAUCGAUGUUUAUCUUGACAAUAUAUAUAUUAGAGAGUGGUGUUAUUUUAGAAAGCCACAGGGCGUUUAUCACAAAGACUGGGCAUUCAUAAAUGUAUUACAUAUUGUAAAACACAUUUCUAAAAGGUCAGUUUGGCUACAAGUGCAAUUUUUUCAUUUUGUAUUUGAGUCUAAUAAUACACUGACUAAGUAUGGAUCAUUAGUUAAUUAUAAACAGGCAAGGUUCACUUACUUGCUUGUGACCACCCCUAUUCCUUGUGUGCCUGGCUGUAGUUUACUGUGUCGCCUUUAACAAAUAAUGUACUAAAAGCCUUUGAAAUAUUU